AAAAUGAUUCCCCUAAAUUUCUCAACUCUCUUCUCUCUUGUCCAGCCUCUCUGUCUCAUUGGUUCUUGCCUCCUUCUCCAUUAUGCCCUCCCUUUAUACUUUAUGGAAUAGUGAGACAGUUUUCACAAUCUCAGUGCCUGUACACAUAAGCUUAACCAGGGCAGAGUGAGGAGUAUAUACAGGCUGAAAAUAAAUCAACAGCCAGAAACUGAUAAAGACUGAAAGCUGAUAUCCAUAAGAGAAAAACAAUGGGGUUUCUGUUCAGUAGUUCUACUAUUUUUCUCUUAUCAUCUUUGUUUGGAUUUUCACCAGUAAUAAGUCAAGACAUGAGAAAAGGAGGUGCAUUUUGUAAUGCAGAAGGCUGCUUUGUGAUCUACUUUGAAGAUAAAAUAUUCCUAGACUCAUGGAGGUUCUGCAAAGAGAAAGGUGGAAAUUUGGCAACUAUCAAACGCAAAGAGGAGGCCAACGCUAUUGCAACACUCUUCUCUACUCUGGACUUGCAGGAUUCACAUGCCAAGGUCAGAGUAUGGAUUGGAUUGCAACGUCAACCUCGUCAGUGCAGCUCACAUCCACUGAGGGGUUUCACUUGGACAACUGGUGAUCAAGACACAGAAUAUACCAACUGGCAAAGUGAGGACUCUCCAAGUACGUGUUUGGUACCCCGCUGUGUGGCUGUGGGCUACAACACUCAAGAACGCAGUGAUAACUUUCUGUGGAUUGACCAUUCAUGCUCUGUCCCUGUCGAUGGAUAUCUUUGCCAUUAUGCUUACAAAGGAAUGUGUUCAACCUUGUGGAGUGAGCAUUUAGGAAAUGUCUAUUAUACAACUCCUUUUAACCUUUUGAGCACAACCCUAACUCAUGUACCUGUUGGAUCUAUUGCUAACAUACCCUGCCCAACAAAUGGCAAUAAAAACAAGCUUGUUUUGUGCAUACUGAGACAAAAUGGCUCAGUAGCAUGGUCUCGGGAACCUCCAUUUUGCUCAGUUCCCUCUAUUCCACACCAGUUGUGUGAGCAGGAUAAUGGUGGAUGCGAACAUUUCUGCAGACAAACUGGUGGUCAGAUCUUCUGUGACUGUACUGAUGGCUUCCAUCUCAGAUACGAUAGACUGACCUGUGAGCCUGAUGUUUGUCAAGGCAACCACUGUGAGUCUGAGUGCCUGCCUCUUUCAAAUGGCUAUCGCUGUGCCUGCCCUGAUGGAUACAUUCUUGCAACAGAUGAAUAUUCUUGUCUAGAUGUGGAUGAGUGUCUGGAGUCUCCUUGUCAACAGAUCUGUAAGAAUUUGCCAGGGACAUUUGAAUGUCAGUGUUGGGGGGGGGGGGGUAUUCUUAAUGAAAAGGAGGUAUGUGAGGAUAUAGAUGAGUGCUUAAAUGACUUGUGUGACCAUUAUGUAAAAAUAUUCCAGGCUCCUAUAUCUGCCACUGUCAACAAGGAUUUUCAGUUGACACUGAUGAGCCCAGGCGAUGUCAUGAUAAUGACGAGUGUCAGAUUGGUGGGAUCUGUGAGCAAAUGUGUAUGA